AUGGCGCUUGAACGAAUCGAUUCUGGCACUAGCUAUGACAGCAGGUCCUGGCCGUCAGUCAAUGUGGCGCCAGAGCCUUAUCAAGGGCCUCCUAGGAACACCGAGUCUAUCAAGAAUCUCAAGUGGGAAGACCACCUCCAACCAAAAAGACACGAAAUCUCGGGUACAAAUCCGGAAUCGAAGAUCCUAUUUCUCGAUGUGAAUAUCCUUGAUUCUUCUGGUAGGGAGCCGUUCCGCGGAGACGUUUUGAUUGAAGGGGAACGAUUUACAGCGGUGGGUCAAGUACCAGACGUAGAACAACUCAAGGCGCAAGCUGGUGUCAGGGUCUUCCACGGAAAAGGACGAACGCUAAUGUCAGGUUUGGGAGACGCUCACACCCAUUUUACCUGGAACGGCGGUGAUCUCGAGCAAUUGGGAACUUUGGGGGUGGAAGAACAUACACUCUUGACCAUGCGGAGUGCACAAUGUUUUCUCGAUUCUGGUUACACGAUAUGCUUUGGCGCUGCGUCGGCGAAAGAGCGACUCGACGUUGUCAUCAGAGAUGCCAUAAAUGCUGGAGACAUAUCUGGUCCUAGAUAUCUUGCCAAUGGGAAAGAAAUGGCGCGACGUGGAGGCGAGCUUGUCGGAGGAAUCACAGCUUUUGCAGACGGACCAGAGGAAAUGCGGGAGGUGAUCAAACACCAUGUCCAGCUUGGUGUUGACAAUAUCAAAUUGAGCAUGAGUGGCGAAGAAGCAAGUGAAACCACACGAUCGGCCCAGGACUGCUACUUCACCGACGAAGAGACCCAGGCAUGCGUGGAUGAAGCCCACAAACAUGGCAAGCGUCUAUGUUCUCACGCCCGUGCCCGUGACUCUGUCAUCAUGUCGGUCAGACAUGGAAUCGAAGCAAUCUACCACGCCUCUUACAUCGACGAUAGAGGCAUGCACAUGCUCGAGCAAGCAAAGGCAAAACACAUUGUUGCUCCAGCAAUCAACUGGCUGGUAUGUACAUUGAAUGAUGCGGAAACAUUUGGCUAUCCAAGGGAAGCGGCAGAGGAAGCGGGAUACAAACGUGAACUCGAUAUUGCCAUUGCCGGGUUGCGGGAGAUGCAUCGCCGUGGUAUCGUCGUUUUGCCUGGUGGCGACUACGGCUUUGCAUGGACGCCGCAUGGAACGUAUGCACGGGAUCUCGAGCACUUUGUGAAGCUCCUUGGCUUCAAUAAGCACGAAGCCAUCAUUGCAGCGACUGCUGGGGUUGCAGCUCUAUUUAUGCAAUCGAACGAACUAGGCAAAGUUCAACCAGGCUACUACGCCGACUGUAUCCUAGUUGAUGGCGAUCCACUCGAGGAUAUAACCGUUCUACAAAACCACGAUAAGCUGAACGUGAUAUGCAUCAAUGGUAGAGUACACAAAGCCGGUACAAGGGAAUACAUGCAGCCUUCUGUUUCGGGUCAGGACAACAAUUCGCAUGUCGUCGUGCCCGAUCAAGAGUUCCUAACUGUCAGGAACAAGACUCAGGUUGAUUCUAAACUGCACUAA